CCGGUUGGCGGUGUCAGAGGUCAGGCGUGAGGGGUCAGUUCCGCCGGCAGCAGCAUGGCGGGCGGGGACAGCGGCGCGGCGGGCUCGGCCGUGCGGGAUGGGCCCCCGCCGCCCCCGGAGCGGGUUCUCUUCCCGCCGACCUUCAGCGUGUCCGAGAUCAAGAACAAGCAGCGGCGGCACUUCAUGUUCCUUCGCUGGAAGCAGCAGCAGAGGAAGGAGAAGCUGGCCAACAAGAGGAAGCGGAGAAAGGAGCGGGAAGCCCUGGGAGACAAGGCACCUCCAAAAGCCAUACCAAAGACUAUUGAAAAUCAGAGAGUGUACGAUGAAACAACCGUAGAUCUCAAUGAUGAAGAGGUUGCUUUUGAUGAAGCAACUGAUGAAUUUGCACCGUACUUCAACAGACAGACAGUUCCCAAGAUUCUUAUUACAACAUCAGACAGACCUCGUGGGAGAACAGUGAGAUUCUGUGAACAACUGUCAACUGUUAUACCAAACUCACAUGUCUACUAUCGAAGAGGACUGGCUUUGAAAAGAAUUAUUCCACAGUGUAUUGCAAGGGACUUCACUGAUUUAAUCGUCAUUAAUGAAGAUCGCAAAAUACCAAAUGGUCUUGUUUUAAGUCAUCUGCCUGAUGGUCCAACUGCUCAUUUUAGAAUGAGUAGUGUCCGUUUGCGUAAAGAAAUAAAGCGAAAAGGGAAAGAGCCCACAGAACACAUACCUGAAGUAAUCCUGAAUAAUUUUACAACACGACUGGGCCAUUCUAUUGGUCGCAUGCUUGCCUGUCUCUUCCCACACGAUCCUCAGUUCAUUGGAAGACAAGUAGCCACAUUUCACAACCAGCGAGACUACAUCUUUUUCAGAUUCCACAGAUAUAUCUUCAAGAGUGAAAAGAAAGUGGGAAUUCAAGAACUUGGGCCACGUUUUACACUAAAGCUGAGGUCUCUUCAAAAAGGAACCUUCGAUUCUAAAUUUGGAGAAUAUGAAUGGAUUCAUAAGCGCCGAGAAAUGGAUACAAGUAGAAGAAAAUUUCACUUAUAAGGGACAGCCAUCUGCCAGUUGCUGGUGACAAGAAAUACAACUGCUUUGAACUGUGGAUUAUCUCAGACUGCUAUCUAAUUAUGACACUGGACAGUACCUGUCUGCAGAAAGACAAUCUGCAAACAUUAAAACUUCUACAAGAGCAGAUUGAGUAGGAUGCAUCUUUCUUCCUAUGUUUGCAGUUAAAUCCAACAUGACAAGGACAGUGACUCUUUUUCCGGUUUAGCAGGAAAAACUGUGGCAAUGUCAGAGCAAUCUGUAAUUUAGCUGUCACUGAAGAUUUGUCGUGACUUCUGCUGUUCUGUAAAUUACACUUCGCAACAUCAAAGACAAUAAAGAUUUUGGAUAAA